CCCUCGGCCUUGGCCUCUGGGUCCAAGAGAUGGAGAGAGAAGAAGAAGAAGAAGAAGCAGAGGAGACGAGAGAAUGGAGGAGGAGGAGGAGGAGGAGGGGGAGGAGGAGGUUCGGAGGAGCUCUAUCGGGUUCCGGGUCGGAUGUUUGCUAACGGGUCGAGUGAUGCUGCCUGCCUCUUUACUCAGCAAGGGAAGAAGGGGACUAAUCAGGACGCUAUGAUAGUGUGGGAGAAUUUCACAUUAAGAAGUGACACCAUCUUUUGUGGUGUAUUUGACGGUCACGGUCCAUAUGGGCAUAUGGUUGCCAAGAAAGUCAGAGACUCACUUCCUCUUAAGUUAACCACUGAAUGGAAAACCACUGCUAGUGGUCAAGACAGUCCUCAUCUGAAUGGCAGCGCAUCUGGCAGUAUGAACUCUGAAGAGUCAGCAUGUGCUAACAUUGACGAUGAGUUGUCAGAGCCCGUAGAUGCUGAUGAGAAUACUAAGCUACCUGCUAUGUAUCCAAUAUUGAAGCAGUCUCUUCUGAAAUCUUUCAAGUUGAUGGAUAAAGAGUUGAAGCUUCAUCCUAUGAUUGAUUGUUUCUGCAGUGGUACUACAGCUGUUACUGUGAUAAAACAGGGACAGGAUCUUGUAAUUGGGAAUGUUGGAGACUCUAGAGCAAUACUGGGUACACGAGAUCAAAAUAAUAAUUUGAUUGCUGUCCAGCUGACUGUUGAUUUGAAGCCCAAUCUUCCAAGGGAAGCUGCCAGGAUUCAUCAAUGCAAAGGAAGGGUUUUUGCCUUGCAAGAUGAACCAGAAGUUGCACGUGUGUGGUUGCCAAAUAGUGAUUCUCCCGGUUUGGCUAUGGCUAGAGCAUUUGGAGACUUUUGCCUGAAGGAUUAUGGUUUGAUCUCUGUGCCUGAUAUCUCCUAUCGUCUUCUUACUGAGAAAGACGAGUUUAUUGUUCUUGCAACUGAUGGGAUUUGGGAUGUUCUCUCUAACAAGGAAGUCGCGGACAUAGUAGCUUCAGCACCAACUCAUGCAACUGCAGCACGAGCCCUCGUUGAAUGUGCCGUCCGUGCAUGGAGGUUCAAAUUCCCCACAUCCAAGAUUGACGACUGUGCAGCUGUUUGUCUGUUUUUGGAUCCCCAAGUCCAAGAGAGCAAACCCAUCAUAAAACCUCAAGGGCAACCCACGGACAAAGAAGAGGUGAACAAUGAUGCAUCUCGGAGUUACAUUUCCUCAUUGGAGAACUCAAGUAUGCAUCAUGGUGAUGACGAUGAUGAGAUUGUACCAGUAUGUGAGGAGCCUAUAAUGGAGAAAUUACCGGGGAGGUCAAAUUCAACAAGGAGUCUUGCUGAUUGCAUGUUGAUUUCAGAGGAAGAAGAAUGGUCGGCUCUAGAAGGUGUUACUAGAGUGAACUCUCUUGUGAACCUUCCAAGAUUCUUGGCCGGUGAUAAAAGGUCUAGUAGCCAGAAAAAGCAGUUGUAGAAAGGACUAAAGAAAUUCCAAAAUUGGAGACUUCCCCCCCAUCUUAUGAUAAUUAUUUGAACCUAGCAUGCCGAUGUCUGGUUUAGUUUCAAGACAGUAUUGUUUUAUGGUUGGUGAGGGAAGUCAUUCUUCAUAGGUUUCUUUAAUAUGUAGAAAUCUUUUUUGUUUUGGAAGAAACCUAUGAAUUAUGUCUUGCCUCCUGCUUGUAAGGAAAAUGAUAGUUAUGAGACAAUAUUUUCAUAGUGAAUGUUUAUGUUUCUUCUACAUGAUGUAUGUUGUCUGAUUUUGGACAGCAGUGAUACGUUCCAUGCUUUUCGUAUGGUACUGUAGGUUUUCUGCCUAAACUCCAGAGGUCUCUGCUUCCUCUUAUUUGUAACAUUCCUUUGUAAAUUCAAGUAUUUGUAUGGAUUUGUUC